GCUUUGAUCAAUUUAGCAGGGAAGUUGCGCUUACUAGGGACAAGCAAACUUGCAGUGGUCGAAUCUUUGCCGCGGUUGAUUAGCCUCAUCAGCGCGCACUUUCGUCGCAGCCAUGCCUCGUCCAGCAGCCUCGCCGUUUGAUAGGAAGCCACGACACGCAGAAGAGGACAAUCCUCUUGCUGGGCUCGGUGUUCGCGCUUCCGCAUCGCCAAAGUCGGGAGCUGUCAUGGCUCCGUCUUCUGGUGCGCUGACAAGAAGACGAGCAUCGCCUCAGGAUAACGCUAUGUUCGAGUUCGACCCAGAGCUUGUUGCUGCUUUCCAACGCAACAUGAUGUUCUUCCGUCGUGUGUUCAGCCUGGACACAUUCCUCAGGCCCUUACCAGCUCCAGUGGCUCAGUCAAUUGCACGAAGCUUCGGUUUUUUCACAAGCAUCUUCACACAGUUUGUUGAUCCAAAAGGCAUCAAGAACGCACAGAAGGCGAUGGGUAUUCGCAAGGAUGAUUCGAGGAUUGUCCGACGGAAAGAGUAGCAGAAUUCUUUCUCUACACUGGUUUUGGUUAGAUAGGCUGUGCUUGCUGCCUGCUGCCUCGGGUAGAAGGGGAUUGUGUCACUGGGUUCUUACAGUUGAAAAGAGGGUUGUACCCCUAUUGGACCUUUUAGCUUGUAGUUUUUGUCUGGAUACUAGUCCUGUACCUGAUUUACAACCUGGUACA